AUUCUCGCUCGCUCGCUCGCUCGCGAACGUCGCAAAUCCGGGAUCUCGACUGACUCGACUCUCUCGACGGUCUCGUAAGAAAUAUAAACCCUCGUCCGCGCGUGAGAGAAAGAGAGAGUAUAGUGCGCGCUACGUAAAAUCUGGUACGCGUACAGACUACAGACAGACGCGCGUGUGCGUGCCGUGUGAUUUCUCCCGUUGGGCCUGUCCGCACUCCGUUGUCGCGCGCUGAUAGCUGAUAGAAGUUGAUAGACAAGGUGCGGAAGAGGAAUUAAGGAGGUCGUCGUCGCCACCGUCACCCUCGCCUUUGCCAUCGUCAUCGUCAUUGUCGAUCAUCCGCGCAGCGCGCACCUACACCUAUCGCGGAGGAAGAGAGCGAGAGAGAGCGCGAUCAGCCAUCAUCGUUCGCUCAAGUUAACGAGGAGUCCAUUCGUGAGGGAUGUCCACCCCCGCGAGGAGGAGAUUGAUGAGGGACUUUAAGAGAUUACAGGAGGAUCCCCCAACUGGAGUGUCAGGUGCUCCGACAGACAAUAAUAUUAUGAUAUGGAAUGCAGUUAUAUUUGGACCACACGAUACUCCAUUCGAGGACGGCACAUUUAAACUUACAAUAGAAUUUACAGAAGAAUAUCCAAACAAACCACCUACAGUGAGAUUUGUUAGUAAAAUGUUCCAUCCUAACGUGUACGCGGACGGUGGAAUAUGUCUGGACAUACUUCAAAAUCGUUGGAGCCCUACUUAUGACGUCUCGGCCAUCUUAACAUCUAUACAGUCGCUUUUGGACGAACCGAAUCCUAAUUCACCAGCCAACUCUUUAGCGGCACAAUUGUAUCAAGAAAACAAGCGGGAGUACGAGAAGCGUGUGGCCACUGUAGUUGAACAGUCUUGGCUGAAUUUCCAAGAGAGUCACACGGAGGAUCCCCGCUGACAUUAAGUACGCCGCUUUAAACGACGCGUAAGAGAUCUCCGUCGCAGCUUCGGUGUCUAAUAUAAAAGUUGUCCCCGUAUUAUAUACGUAAUGGUAAUUCGGUCGACACGUUCCAUUGGAGUUGUAUAUGUAAUGUCCUUCGAUAUUUCGUGGCGAACAUUCCGCGUGUGUUGAUUCAGUCUGUAGAACACGACGAGAGGAAUUCGCACGGUUCUCACACUCUGUUGGAAAAAAAAUAAAAGAAAAAAAUAAAAAGAAAAAAGUAGAAAACCGCGGAAUGAUGUAAAAUUGCACUAUAAACUUAUGUGAUCUUUUACUUAUAAGUACAAUAUAUAUAUUAUCUUGCUCUUAUAAAACUAGCUGUUAGGUACCCCUCGCGCAAAAGAUAAAAAUAAUGCCCAUAUAAUGUUUCGCCAUACGCAAAUACAUUAAUCAACGCAGGCAAAUCGACUUACUAUUUUGCGAGUAUAGACGAGCUUGAAGAAAAUAACAGUUGUGGUAGAAGAUAUGAAAGUGUGUAAGUCGCUUCUGGAAAGUCUACUUUCACCAUGUAAUGGCGCAAAAUAUAAGAAAAUAGUGUGAUUAUUUCUCGUUUUCGACUUGGUAUUUACCAUUAGAAAGUCACGCUUGUAUUAGACUGUAAAUGAAUGUCGUAUACUGAAUAAUAUCGAAUUAAUAAAUUUUGCAAGAAAUCACAA